UUCCCAAUGGUCAAUCGUACGUCAAUGUCCUAAGAGUAUUUUUUCCGGCUGAAAACUCUUGCAUCGAGGUUUAGAACCCUAGCUAAUGGAUUAAUGUCCGCCCUUUUAUGCUGAUUCCAUCUUGGCCAAUCACUCAAAUAUUUGCACCGUCGUUAGGUGUUUCUGUGGGAAGAUACUGAUCCAUCCCUCUAUCCAUUUCGAUAUAUCUUAUUUUUUGAAUUUUUUUGUUAUAAGCAUUGGAAUUGGUUACGAGCGAUUUGGAGAGCAACGAGGACUCGCCCAUAUGAGAUCCUCGGCGAUUAUCAGGCUGUUCUUGAUUUGCUUAUUUCUGUGGUCGUCCUUGAAUUUCAUCAAUGGCGACGAGUCCAAGAAAAAUAAGUUUCGUGAACGCGAGGCCAGCGACGAUGCACUAGCGUACCCCGACGUAGAUGAGGAUGCUUUGCUGAAUACGCGGUGCCCUAGGAAUUUGGAGCUAAGAUGGCAAACUGAAGUUAGUUCUAGUAUAUAUGCUACACCCUUGAUCGCUGAUAUCAACAGUGAUGGGAAGCUAGAUGUGGUGGUUCCUUCUUUUGUCCAUUACCUUGAAGUUCUAGAAGGUUCUGAUGGAGACAAAAUGCCAGGUUGGCCUGCUUUCCAUCAGUCAACUGUGCAUGCCAGUCUACUGUAUGAUAUUGACAAGGAUGGUGUGAGGGAAAUAGCUUUGGCAACAUACAAUGGUGAAGUUCUCUUUUUCAGGGUGUCAGGUUACUUGAUGGCCGAUAAAAUAGAGAUACCUCGCAGAAGAGUACCUAAAAAUUGGUAUGUGGGCUUGGACUCAGACCACCACGUGGACCGGUUGCAUCCAGAUGUUCAUGAUGAUCUACUUGUCCUGGAAGCUAAGAUGUCUAAAACAAAUGGAAGUACAUCUAAGUUGAACAUGUCAGUAACUACAUCAGCAGAAAGUAAACUUGGUACGGUGAACACAUCCAAUACAGAGACUGAAAGAAAAAUUAAUGGAAGUCAACCAAGUAACCCUGAGCUGAACAUUUCAGUAACAACAUCAGCGGGAAAUGAACAGAAAAAGAAUGAAAGUCAAAUGCAAUCCAACAUUGAUCUGCCCACGGGCGUGGAUAAUUCUUCUGUAAAUUCUGGGUCAGGAGGAACUGUCAAUGCACAGAAUGGGGCAAAUGCUGCGAGACGACUUCUGGAAGAUAACAACUCGAAAGGAUCACAGGAUGAUGGCUCUAAAUUGAAAGAGAACAGUAGUGUAGGUCAUCAUGUUCCAACUGUGGAAAUGCAUAAAAGCUUGGAAGCAGAUGCUGAUUCAUCCUUUGAGUUAUUUCGUGAGAGUGAGGAGCUAGCUGAUGAGUAUAGUUACGAUUAUGAUGAUUAUGUUGAUGAAUCAAUGUGGGGAGACGAGGAGUGGACAGAACAGCAACACGAGACAGUGGAAGAUUAUGUGAAUGUUGACUCACACAUCUUGUGCACUCCUGUCAUAGCAGACAUUGAUAAGGAUGGGGUAUCAGAGAUGGUCGUUGCAGUUUCUUAUUUCUUUGAUCACGAGUAUUAUGCUGACUCAAAGCAUUCGAAGGAUUUGGGUGAUAUUAAUAUUGGAAAAUAUGUAGCCGGUUCUAUUGUUGUUAUCAAUCUUGAUACAAAGCAAGUGAAGUGGACUGCUGAGCUAGAUCUAAGCACAGAUACCGGAAACUUCCGUGCCUAUAUAUACUCUUCUCCAACUGUUGUCGAUUUGGAUGGUGAUGGGUAUAUGGACAUUCUUGUUGGGACCUCUUUUGGCUUAUUCUAUGUCUUGGAUCAUCACGGCAAAGUGAGAGAAAAGUUUCCACUUGAAAUGGCUGAGAUUCAAGGAGCUGUUGUUGCUGCUGAUAUCAAUGACGAUGGCAAAAUUGAACUCGUGACUGCUGAUGUACAUGGAAAUGUUGCUGCUUGGAGUACAAAAGGAGAGGAAAUUUGGGAAAUUCAUCUUAAGAGUCUUGUUCCACAGCGGCCCACUGUUGGUGAUGUUGAUGGAGAUGGCUAUACUGAUGUUGUGGUUCCAACGGUGUCAGGAAACAUAUAUGUUCUCAGUGGCAAGGAUGGGUCAAUUAUUCGUCCUUACCCAUAUAGAACUCAUGGCAGAGUGAUGAAUCAAGUUCUUCUUGUUGAUUUAAAUAAACGUGGUGAGAAAAAGAAGGGCCUCACUCUUGUUACAACAUCAUUUGAUGGAUAUUUGUACCUUAUAGAUGGACCCACUUCAUGUGCUGAUGUUGUGGACAUUGGUGAAACCUCAUAUAGCAUGGUCUUGGCAGAAAAUGUUGAUGGUGGAGAUGAUCUUGACCUUAUUGUGACAACCAUGAAUGGCAAUGUGUUUUGCUUCUCCACUCCUGCUCAGUAUCAUCCUCUCAAGGCGUGGAGAUCACAUAAUCAAGGAAGAAACAACGUGGCUACUCGGUAUAACCGUGAAGGUAUUUAUGUUACACAUCCAUCAAGAGCUUUCCGUGAUGAGGAAGGCAAGAGUUUCUGGGUAGAGAUUGAGAUUGUAGACAGAUACAGAGUACCAUCUGGGUCUCUAGCACCAUACAAUGUCACGACAACCUUGUUAGUUCCCGGUAAUUACCAAGGUGAGAGAAGGAUAAAGCAAACUGAGAUCUUUCACCGGCCUGGGAAAUAUAGGAUAAAGCUGCCAACAGUUGCUGUGAGGACUACAGGGACUGUUUUAGUGGAGAUGGUUGACAAAAAUGGGCUCUAUUUCUCAGAUGACUUCUCGCUCACCUUCCAUAUGUAUUACUAUAAACUAUUGAAGUGGCUGCUUGUCCUACCAAUGCUCGGAAUGUUUGGUGUGCUCGUCAUCCUUCGUCCACAGGAGGCCAUGCCUUUGCCAUCAUUUUCGCGGAACACUGACCUGUAAUGAUUACCCUGUAAGAAACCCUAUCCCUGCGCAAGGAUAAGAUGUAGUAAGAUUACUUACACAUGAACCAAGCCAGAAACUUGUGCGAUCAAGAAUUAGACACAGGCAACAGUUUUGAUGGUGUGGAUUCAAAUGGGUCUCUUCAUCAGGCCAAAAAUGCAGUUGGCCCGGAUUUUAUUUUGUUCUGAAUGAUAGAAAGUAGGAAUUUGUAAUGUAGUGAGAUCUGAGUCUUGGGAUAUUGAAUUUUAAUUCCAAAUCAUUUCUUGGCUCCCA